AUGGCUCCUUCAACCAGUGUGCCUACCCACGAGCAAAUCGCUGUCCCUGAGACUUUGCUCAAAAAGCGAAGAACCAACGAGGCCACUCGAGAGGCUAAGUUGGCUGCCGCUGUUGAGGCCAAGAAGGCUCAAAAAGCCAAGAGAAAGGUCAUCUUCAAGAGAGCCGAUGAGUACGUAAAGGAGUACGUUUCUCAAGAGAAAGAGGAGAUCAGACUCAAGCGAGAGGCAAGAAAGACUGGUGACUUCUACGUUGAGGCUCAACCUAAAGUCUACUUUGUCGUCCGAAUCAAGGGUAUCUCCAAGAUCGCCCCCAAACCCAAGAAGAUUCUUCAACUUCUCCGACUUCUCCAAAUCAACAACGGUGUUUUCAUCAGAGUAACCAAAGCUACCACUCAAAUGCUUAACCUUGUUGGACCUUACAUCACCUACGGUGAAGUCAACCUCAAAGCUAUCCGAGAACUCGUUUACAAGAGAGGUUACGCUAAAGUUGACGGUCAACGACUCCCCAUCACUGACAACUCCAUCAUCGAAAAACAACUCGGUAAAUUCGGUAUCAUCUGUAUCGAAGAUUUGGUUCACGAAAUCGCUACCUGUGGACCCAACUUCAAGCAAGUCACUUCAUCUCUUUGGCCAUUCAAACUCUCAAACCCUAACGGUGGAUGGAGACCUCGAAAGUUCACCACUUACAUCGAAGGUGGUGAUACCGGAAACAGAGAAAAAGCUAUGUCCACACUCGUUCACCAAAUGGUAUAA